AUGGGCCACCGACGCAGCUUCUCCCUCCCUCCGCCACUGCCGCACUUCCGCCUGCCACCGCCGCUGCUGCUGCUGCUGCUGGCGGGGCUGCUUCUGCUGCUUCCGCCGUGCCCUGCUGCCGCCACUCGCAUCAACGACGCCCAAGGUCGCUCGCUCCUCCUCCUCCUAGCUGCACCUCUCCUCGCUUUCCACUCUCCCCCACUCUCCCCCACUCCCCACCUCUCCCUCCGGCUCUCCAACCCCACCACUCCCCACCUCUCCCUCCGGCUCUCCAACCCCACCACUCCCCUCCUCUCCCUCCCGCUCUCCAACCCUCCCACUCACCUCCCCCCUCCCCCCCUCUUUCCCACUGUACCCCAUCCACAGCCUCUUCCCUUGCCACUGAUUAGCCUCCUCUCCUUUCAAAUUCCAUCCCUCUCCCUCUCUCCCUCUCCUUCUUCCACUCUCCAACCUCCCCCGCAGCUUGCUUCCCCCCUCUCCCCGCCCUCCUUACUCCCUCAGUGCUAUGCUCCCUGGCUAUUCUUCCGCUGGUGCUGCUGUGCGCUGCCGCACCGCACGUCCGCUCGUUCAGCCGCCAAAUCAACUCCCUCGCUCCCUCUUGCCUCGCCCCUCCCUCCCCCCUGCCUCGCCCAUCCCUCCCACCUGCCUUGCCCAUCCCUCCCCCACGACUCGCCCUUCCCUCCCCCCUGCCUGGUCCCCUUCCCCACGUCCCCCUUCCACGAGCCCCUGGCAGCGCUGGUGCUGGAGGAGUGCGGCAAAGCAUGGGGAUUGUCGGCGAACGAGUGGCACGUGGGGGGCGAGUGCGACACGGCGCAGUUCAUUGCCUGCGACGCCAACGGGCUCGUCACUGCCAUGUGCGCCCGCCGGUGUCUCACCCCAUCCUCACUCGCUGCCCAUUUCCACCCUCUUGGUGCUGCGGUGCAAUCUAUCCUGUGCUGCAACCUGUGCUACAACCUGUGCUACAACCUGUGCUACAACCUGUGCUACAACCUGUGCUGCAACCUGUGCUGCAACCUGUGCUGCAACCUGUGCUGCAACCUGUGCUGUCAUCUAACCGCCCACAUCCCCCCUUCUCCCCCACAAUUCUCACCCGUGGUACCCAUCCCUGCUUCUGUGUGCUGUGCUGCCACGCGUGCAGAACCCUCAGCUACAAUGCUCUGGAGGGCCCUAUACCGGCAUCCUUCAGCGCACUUGCUUCGCUCGCUCACCUGUGAGAAGCAGGCGGACACAAGUAGGAGGGAGGGAGGGAGGGUAGCGGGGGAGGGGAGGAGGGUAGCGAGGGAGGGGAGGAGGGUAGCGGGGGAGGGGAGGGAGGGUAGCGAGGGAGGGGAGGAGGGUAGCGGGGGAGGGGAGGGAGGGAGCUCUAACCCGCUCUCCCUCGUUCUCCCGUUUCACCACCCGUCUGUUCUUUCCUUCCCUCUCUCACUCAAGCGGCCGUUGCCUCUCACUCUUUAUCCCUCUCUUCUCUAUAUCGCCUGUGCGUGCACCAUUCCAUUCGCACCUCGCAUCUGCCUUACAUGCUUUGUGCACCUUCACGUGCUCCCUUGUGUCACCUCGUCCCCUUGUCUCACAUCACGCUCGCCUCCCAUGUCACGUCACGCCCUCCUCAGCAGCAUUCUGCGCUCUAUAUCCUCAUCUCAAUCCCAUGCCGCCCUUGCAUGCGCCUCAAAAGUCCUCCACUCCACGGCCUUCCAUCCUGCAUGUCCCCAUCGCAGUGAUCUCGCCAACAACCAGCUGUCUGGUGCCAUUCCCCCUGGCAUAAGCGCCCUCACGGACCUCCGAGAGCUCUACCUCGAUCACAACAUGCUCACAGACAGCAUUCCCACGGAAAUGGGCAGCCUGGUGCUGCUUCACUACCUGAGCCUGGACUACAACAAGCUAGGUAGCUCCAUCCCUCACGCCCUCAGUACCCUCACCAACCUGCUCUACAUGUCAAUGGGCAACAAUGAGCUUGAGGGAUCCAUCCCUGCCUUCCUCUCUUCCUUCAAUACACUCUCCCACCUCGCACUCCACAACAACCAUCUCUCAGGCUCCAUUCCUGCUGACAUUGGCAACUGCGCUGCUCUAGAGACACUUGUGCUAUCCAACAACAAGCUGACAGGAGCCAUACCCUCUUCUAUAGGCGCCAUGACGUACCUCAGUACCCUCUACCUGAACGACAACAAGCUUGACGGGUCCAUUCCCAGCACCAUUGCUCUGCUGCACGAUCUCUCAUGGCUUUGCCUUUCUUACAACUCUCUGACUGGGAACCUUGACGACCUCUCCCCACUGUCUAAUCUAAUCGGACUGGAGCUAUCCAGCAACGCCAUAACCGGCCCGCUCCCCACCACUCUAAGGGAGCUCCCCCGCCUCGAAACCCUGAUGCUUUCAAACAACAACCUCUCAGGCGCUAUCCCCUUUUCCAUCUCCGGCCUCUCCCGGCUUCUGGCUCUGAUGCUAGACGGCAACGCAUUGGAGUCUCCUAUUCCCACAAGCUUGAGUGGAUUGCGGGGGUUGAAGCGCAUGGACCUGAGCAAGAACAAGUUCUCAGAGGACCUUCCAACUGUCCUCACGCGGAUGACACAAGUGGAGCACAUGAAGCUGAGCCACAAUGACUUCACUGGCAGCAUCCCUGCCUCCAUCACCUCUCUCGUUUCCCUCACCUACCUUGAUCUAGGCUACACAUUGCUGGCCGGCACAAUUCCCACCGCCAUCACCAAAAUGCGACGCCUGUCUCGCCUGUAA